CCGGAAGGGGAAGCGGCGGCGCGAACAUGGCGCGGGAGAAGCAGCUGGAGGCCGAGGCGGAGGCGACCCCCGAGCGCUCGUACCGGGAGCAGCUCGACGCCCUGAACCCCAUCGCCCAGCCGCUGGCCUCCCGCAAGCUGACGCGCAAGCUCUACAAGUGCAUCAGGAAAGCGGCCAAGCACAAGCAGAUCCGUCGCGGGGUGAAGGAGGUCCAGAAGUUCAUCAAUAAGGGCGAGAAGGGGAUCACGGUGCUGGCCGGCGACACGCUGCCCAUCGAUGUAUACUGCCACAUCCCCAUAAUGUGCGAGGACAAGGGCCUCCCCUACGCCUACAUCCCUUCCAAAGCGGACCUGGGAGCUGCCACCGGCUCCAAGCGCCCGACCUGCGUGAUCAUGGUGAAGCCGCACGAGGAGUACCAGGAGGCCUACGACGAGUGCCUGGAGGAGGUGCAGGCGCUGCCGCUGCCGCUGUGAGGGCGCGGGCAGGGCCGGCGGUGCGCGGGGUCAAUAAAGCCGUGUGCGGGUUUGUA